CUAUCUUACUUGCACACACAAACACAUGACAACCCAUAACCUGGAGCCUCCAGGAAGAGCCAGACGGGCCAAUUUUGUCAAGGAGACACCAGGGCAGGAUGAGCGGAGAGUUUGGGGAGCUCACGCAGACCCCCCUACAGAAAGUAUGGAUUCCACGCACCAGCAAGCGCCUGCAGCAACGCCGGGGAUCUUCUGUGCCGCAGUUCACCAAUUCGCCCACCAUGGUGAUCAUGGUGGGGUUGCCCGCUCGAGGAAAAACCUACAUCUCGAAAAAGCUCACCCGCUACCUUAACUGGAUCGGGGUCCCCACUAAAGUGUUCAAUGUUGGGCAGUAUCGCCGCGAAGCCGUCCAGACCUACAAGAACUACGAGUUUUUCCGCUCAGACAAUGAAGAGGCCAUGCAGAUCCGGAGACAGUGCGCACUAGCAGCUCUUCGGGAUGUCCAAACCUAUCUGAACAUGGAAGAAGGGCAGGUUGCGGUUUUUGAUGCCACUAACACCACGCGGGAACGGCGUGCCCUGAUCCUGCAAUUCGCCAAGGAGAAUGGCUUCAAAGUCUUCUUUGUUGAAUCCAUCUGCGAUGACCCACACAUCAUCGAGGAGAAUAUCACGCAAGUGAAGCUAACCAGCCCUGACUAUAAGGACUGCAACCGGGAUGAAGUGGUGGGGGAUUUUCUCAAGCGGAUCCAGUGUUACCAGCAAACCUACGAGCCACUGGAUGAUGAGCUGGAUAGCUUGCUAUCUUACAUCAAGAUCUUCAACGUCGGCAGCCGGUACCUGGUGAAUCGGGUUCAGGACCACAUACAGAGCCGCACCGUCUAUUACCUGAUGAACAUUCACGUGACACCCCGUUCCAUUUACCUCAGCCGGCAUGGGGAGAGCGAACUCAACCUACGAGGGCGCAUUGGGGGUGACUCAGGGCUGUCCGAGCGUGGCAAACAGUAUGCCUUUGCCUUGGCUGGCUUCAUCCGUUCCCAGUGCAUCAGUGACCUCAAGGUCUGGACAAGCCAUAUGAAGCGCACCAUCCAGACGGCCGGAGCACUGCAUGUGCCCUACGAGCAGUGGAAAGCGCUGAAUGAGAUUGAUGCGGGUGUCUGUGAGGAGAUGACAUAUGAAGAGAUCCAGUCCCAUCAUCCACAAGAGUUUGCCCUCCGAGACCAGGAUAAAUACCGAUACCGCUAUCCUAAGGGAGAAUCUUAUGAGGAUUUGGUGCAGCGCUUGGAGCCUGUCAUAAUGGAACUGGAGCGACAAGAGAACGUGCUGGUGAUCUGCCACCAGGCUGUCAUGCGCUGCCUCCUUGCCUACUUUCUAGACAAGAGUGCAGAGGAGUUGCCGUACCUCAAGUGCCCACUGCACACCGUUCUCAAGCUCACACCUGUGGCCUACGGCUGUGAGGUUGAAUCCAUUUUCCUCAACAUUGAGGCUGUGAAUACACACCGCGAACGUCCACAGAAUGUUGAUGUGACACGAGAUCCUGGGGAAGCCCUAGAUACGGUGCCGGACCAUUAUUGACCACAUUUCUUAUUAAAAGAAUCCUACCUUCUUGCCCCCCUCCAGCCACCUUAAAAAAUGGGGGGGGGGGAAUGAUCCGAUCUUCCAUUCUGCAGGGGAGUGGCUUACACUUAUGGGGGCACCCAGAGAAAUGACAGUGGGUAUAGGGCCCCCUGAACCACCUUAUAAAGCCUGCCUUUAUAAAUACAGGUGAAUCUCUCCAGCAAACCGUGGUAAAGACGUGCCUGUUUCUGGUGGAUGUGCGGCGCUCUGGUUUAAGACUGUCCAUCAAAGAAAACAGAAUGGUAAACAGUGCAAUACAAUGGAGCACAAUGCAGGCAAAGCUAAGCGAUUUUUAAGCCUGACUCCUUCCAAUAGGAGAGAGUUAAGCAUUUGCUUAAAUUUCAUUGAAAUCAAUAGGAUAUCAAAAUGCUUAACUUCGGCUAGAUCGUGCCCCUUAUUUUUAUUUUGUUUUAAUGAAGAUAUACUUUCUGUACAAUAGGUAACAUCCAUACUGUUUUGGCAGAUAAAUUCAGAAAAGUUAUAUAUUUAAAUAG